AUGGCGGUGGAGGAAGAGGGAAGGAAAAGAAUCCCAUCUCUCCUCUCCUCCGGGGAGGAGAACAUCGCCUCCAACAUCACCCAGCUCAUAGGUUGGACUCCGCUAAUAGAAAUGAAGAACAUUGCUAAGAAAGACGGCUUCGAAGCGCGGUUGGUUGGAAAGAUGGAGGCGUACCAACCCCUUUGCUCAGUUAAGGACAGGAGCGCUCUCCGGAUGAUUGAAGACGCAGAGGAGAAGGGAUUGAUUUCACCAGGUGUUAUGACACUAAUCGAGCCAACAAGCGGCAAUCAAGGAAUUGGAAUGGUGUUCAUCGCUGUUCAGAAAGGCUACCGGUUUAUUGCUGUUAUGCCUGCAAAAUAUUCACUUGACAAACAGAUGCUACUGAGAUUUUUGGGUGCUGAACUGAUAUUAACAGGAAUGAUUGGCAAGGUGGAGAAGCUGAUGAAGACUAUACCAAAUUCUCACUGUCUUAAUCAAGUCACCAAUCCAGCAAACCCAGAUGCACACUUCAAAUGA